AUGGCGGUUUGCAUCAAAGCAGAAGAUGUUGACAGUGAUGCAACACCAGAACGCCCCACCACAAAACCAGCAAAUACAAACGCUACAUUGGCUGAAAUUUUGGUGCCAAGAGGGUCACCCGGCUGCCUGAGUUCUGAUAGGCAUGUUGUAAUCGUGAUGGACGCAUUGAAGCAAUUCUCUUGGGGGCCUCUCCAAUGGACACUCGACCAUGUCAUUCCAUCUAAUUGCACCGUUACUCUCCUCGGUGUCAUGCCUUGGAUUCCCCUCGCAUUGUCAUGCAAGACAAGGAUUUGGACGUAUGACUUUGGCAAUUUGUUAGCAUUCAAAUCUAGAAGCGAAUGGAAUAACGAAGAGACUCGUGGGAUAAUUGAGCUGUGUGAACAAAAAGGGGUGGUUCCCUUUAUGCAAUUGGCCAUGGGACAUCCGUUGAAGCUUGUUGUUCUUGAGAAAACUACAAACCUUCAUGCUAACCUAGUGGUUCUCGAUAGACACAUGAGAAAGAACAAAGGAUUCUAUGCGGAAAGGUUGCCGAGCAGCGUAGUGGUGAUGAAUAACGAUGGAGGGGUUGAUAUUAUAAGAAUCCAGUCCACCAUAUAUACCUGUGAUUCAUCUCCUGAACAAGAAUCUCCAUCUCCGGCCACUCCACCACCAACUAAGCUUAUUCUCUCAGAAGCAUUGUCUGAACUUCUCCAACACAAAGACAUCGACCCUCAAAAACCUGUUAAUAAGUGUUGGAAAAAUGGCUCAUUUAGCAAAAUCCCUCAUGGGGUAGAAGUAAAAAUAGAGAAAGGUUUAGGGACUUAUAUAAAAUAGGCCAAAAGUUAGUAUGUCCCAUAUUGCUUAGAAAUGAAAGUAGAGGAACUUUUGGGGCCUAUAUAUAAAGACUCAAGACAUAGUAAUAAGCAUAACAAAUUGUAUUUACAUUACACCCCUCUUGUUAGGGUUCUUUCAUUAAAGACCCUUUAGUUGAAAAGUUUUGUUGUAUCUCCUCUUUGUUUUCGGUAAUUGUUUUAA